UUUCGGUUUAUUUAAAAUAACCAGGGAAAAUGAGUUAUUUUUAGGAGCUCCUCGGUCCGUUCCUUUCCACCUACAGUAAAAUUUUGACGCUCUCAUUUUAGAUUACCUUGAUUAUCCAAGUUACCAAUCCUCGAAAGUCGUGAGCUUGUUUUCCCGGAGUCCCAGCAUCGUCAGGCCCCUGGUUGCUACGGUGGUCGGAGAUAGCAACUGGGACCCUCUCCGGUCGUAUAUAGCCGAUUAUUUGUACCAACUGUUAUGAAGAUACAGCAAAUUUGUUUCUAUUGUUAAGACCAGUGUGAUGGAAAAUCGAGGUCGUGUCAUUUUCCUUGAGGAGUGGUUGGUACAAAACAGUGUGGUUGAUGACAGUAUCAGAUCAAGAGUUGCUUCUUCACCGUCAUCCAGAGUCAUCAUCCGAGCAUGGAAUGAUAUUAGGGACGCGCUUAAAUCACAGUCAUUUGAUCAUCACCACCUGCAGUUCUUGAAGAUCCUUUGUGACUCACAGAGUGUCCUUCAUGUUGCAGAUCCCCAUGCAAAGCUUCUAGUGUCAAUUCUAUCAUUAUCUGAUGUGUCUCUUCCGGAAGAGUCAUACCCUCUCUUUUUCAGGCUUCUAUACAUUUGGGUCAGGAAAUCUUCGAGACAGUCAUCUUUGAUUAUUGACUCCGUGGUGGAGGUUCUCACUCGCCUUUUUUCGGAGAGAUUUAAAGGGCGGAAAAAUUUACUUUUCUUUUCGGAAGGCAUUGUCCUUCUAGGUGCUAUUUCUUUCAUACCACAUGUAUCUGAAAAAUCAAGAACUGUCUGCUUGGAGUUACUUUGCAAACGACUUGAUGAAGAAUAUCAUCUGAUUGGCUUGUCUGGAGGACAUAUGCCCUAUGUUCUUGCCGGUAUUGGUUAUGCCUUAUCUUCAUCUGGGAAGAUUUAUUUUGUGAGACUUCUGGACUUUCUAUUCGAGAUGUGGGAGAAAAAGGAUGGUCCUUGUGUUAGUGUGUCUAACGGGCUCAUGAUACUUCACUUGAUUGAAUGGGUUCUGUCUAAUUACGUAAGUUCACAGGCUAAUGAUAAAGUAAAUCUUCUUCAAAGUGAGGUGUUGGGUUGCAGCAAGCAAUCUUAUUCUUUAUUUGCUUUGCUCAUGGCUGCUGCUGGUGUGCUGAGGUUUAUCAAUAGAUCUGGGUCAAAUGGUUUCAUGGAUUUAAGGAAAUCAGCAGAGAAGCUGAUUGAAACGGUAGCAAGACAAUUGGUAUCUAGAAUUAGAAGUGUCAAUUAUUCAGUGAUCGAAUCUAAAGAUAGUUUUCUCUCACAAUGCUUAUGCGUAGCUACAGCUCGAAGUGGUUCUAUUUCAAAUUCUGCUUCUCUGGCUCUUUGCCUUGCUUUUGCUUUAUUGGGUGAAGUUUUCCCUUUACGCCAGAUCUAUGAGAAGAUACUCGCAUCACCUGCUCAUAUUAAUGAGGGUUCAUUGCUUUCUGAUGUUCAACAACAUCUGUCCAGUGUCAGUUUUAAGGAAGCAGGAGCAAUGACUGGAGCUUUUUGCAACCAAUACAUUGCAGCCGAUGCUGAAAGCAAGAAUAUUAUAGAGGACCUUAUUUGGGAGUAUUGUCAGGACAUCUACUUUAAGCAUCGAGAUGUUGCUUUGGUUCUUCGAGACAUCAAAACUCAGCUACUCGAGGAUUUGGAGAAAAUUGCUGAAUCAGCUUUUCUGAUGGUUGUACUUUUUGCACUAGCAGUUGCAAAGUAUAGGUUAAGCCCUAAACUGAACCCAGAUGCUAACUUGAAAAUUUCAGUAAGGAUAUUAGUCUCCUUUUCUUGUAUGGAAUAUUUCCGGAGGAUACGAUUGCCUGAGUAUAUGGAGGCAAUCAGAACAGCAGUAGUAAGUGUUCAGGAGAGCGAGUCAGCUUGCGUAGCAUUUGUAGAAUCCAUGCCAUCUUACAAUGAUUUGACAAGGCUGAAACUGCAUCACACAUGGUUAACUGAUGAUGUGCAGACUGCUCGGAUCUUAUUUUAUAUGCGUGUUAUCCCAACUUGCAUUGAGCAUAUACCAACCACUGUAUUUAGAAAGGUGGUGGCUUCAACUAUGUUCCUAUAUAUGGGACAUACAAAUGUAAAAGUGGCAAGAGCAUCUCACUCUAUAUUUGUUGCAUUCAUCUCUUCUGGCAAGGAGUCUGACCAGGAUGACAGAUCUUCAUUGAAGGAGCAACUUGUUUUCUACUACAUGCAGAGAUCGCUAGAGGUACCCACGUUGUAUCUACUGUUUACAUAUUUAGGCUGGGUCAAUGACACAACUGUCUGCCUGGUUGUGAUAGUUUAAACUGAUAUACAGGGAUACCCUGGGAUUACCCCUUUCGAAGGAAUGGCUUCGGGCAUCGCGGCAGUGGUUAAAAAUCUUCCAGCUGGUAGUCCGUCAAUAUUUUACAGUGUCCACAGUAUAGUUGAAAAAGCCUGCAGUCUGUUUAGAGUAGAUGACACAGAGGGUGCUGAUUUGAUGAAGAGUAAGAUUGGAGACUGGGAACCUUGUCAGAAACUCUUGGAAUUGCUUGUUCGACUUCUUUCCGUAGUUGAUGUGCAGGUCAGUUGGUCAUGAUCUUUGUAUCUCACCUUUAGAUUGUUCCUUUGAGGUAUUGAAAUGUUCCUUGUCUGAGUUGGCUUUCUCUUUGUGGCAUAUAAAGAUGCCUUUCUAAAUGAGAUUAGUCUUCUAUCAAUUGUUACAACUGGACCGAUGGAACCUUGAUUUUUUGUUCCCCCCCCAGGUUUUACCAAGUUUAAUGAAACAAUUAGCUCAAGUGGUUGUCGAACUGCCUAAAGAUGGACAGAAUGUGAUCCUCAGUCAAUUAAGCCAACAUGUUGCCGAAUCUGAUGAUGUGACAAGGAAACCCACCUUGGUUUCCUGGCUGCAAUCACUAUCUUACCUGUGCUCUAAAGGUACGAAUAAAACAGUAACAGAAGGAUUACAGAUUGAAGGAUGUGCUGCUCCCAUGGAAAGGGGUCCCUUGAGCCUAAAUGGAGUUAGUUCUCGUUUGUAAACUACUGAUGGAAGGGAUUCGCUGUAGAUGGGAUCUUCAACCUUUUCAUAUGUUCUUUUUCUGCUGUUUAGAUCAAGUUAUUCAAAUUCAGACUUGCAUAUGAUAUGAUGGCUACAAGAACAUUACACAGAUUGCAAGACCUAUCGGUACAGCACUGAGUACACAUACUCGUACUCGGUACAACUUGCAGAAUAAGGAAGACGCAUAUGCUGGUUGGGUAUUGCUUAAUGUCUUGCACUCAUUGAAUAACAAUUGCAAUAAGGGGCAAGGGCAGGCUACAGAAACCUCACCGGCAUUACUUCCUCCAAAUGCUGAGACUGAUGCAGCGGGAUUUGUUCCAAAGCGAGAUUUUUUUCCUGCUGCUUCCUUGAUGCAGUGGUAAUAGUAGUGCUGCUUCUUAGAGAAAGUGCUGCAGUUAAAGCAUGCCAACUUUAAAACAUUCUUAAAUUUGGGAGUUAGCAGCUGAAAUCCAGAGAACUGUACAGGAAGAAUUAUACUACCCGGUAGCAACCAGGAGAAGAACUAGAAAGAGAGCUAGCUUGGCCAUCAUUACUUCUGCAGUUUCUUGGAGCAGAGAAUGACAUCAUUUCUUUCACUUAGGUAAACUUUGCUCUUUCUUCUUGAAGUGCAAGUUGAGUUGCUAAUCUAUGUUACAUAGUUAUAAGGGUUUCAGUUUGUUUCAUUACUGUGUUUUAAUGAAUGAACAUCGAUUAGCCUUUCAAAGAACAUUGUUCCCAUCAAUUAAUUAAUAAUACAUUAUUUAACGACAUAUUUGUUUCAACAAAAAGUUGCUUGGUAUUAAUCGAGUACUCCCCUGGUUCCAAAGAGUGAGUCAUGUUUGUUGAUUGGACUAAAAUGGUACAACAAGCACGACUAUUUAUUUAUUUAUGUUUUUGGGUGGAACAUAGUGAGUAUUUCAACCAGUUGGGGAACCUAGGAAAUCCACAUUGGUAUCAUAUCUACAGUCACUCUCAUUCUCCUAGAAGCUAAUAAAGUUUCAAAUGAGUUUCAGAAAGGAUUGCAGAUUGAUGGAUGUGCUGCUCCAAUAGAAAAAGGACCCUUAAUUUAAGCCUGAACUGAUAUAUUGCACGAUUGUAAACUAUUGAUGUGAGAGGUCUUACGAUAGGAGUUUUGAUUGACUAUCAUCAUAGGUUAGAAAAAUUUAUCUUCAAACCACAGGAAAAUAUGAGUUCAGAUUGAGAUAAUAAAAGAAACAGGGAUGUCUUACUAGACAUAGUGGCUUGCUUAAGUUUUAAAGCGAUGUUAUAGUCUUCGAGGUCUGCUGAUCGUAGUACACCAAUGGCGUAGUACACCAAUGGCUUAAAGCAAAACGGAGGAUCCCAUUUGAAGGAUAUUUCACUCUUAUUUAGAUUGUCACUGUAAUAGAGGAGGAUGGUUGGCUUUGAGUUGUUGUCGGCGUAAAUUUUAUUGUUUAACUUCUCCAUAAAAUGUGGAUUUAUAAGAAAUUUUAUUGUUUAACUUCUCCAUAAAAUGUGGAUUUAUAAGAUAUCUGUAACGCUAAAAUUGUCACUGGAAAUUGGAAGUAGGGAGCUGGAAAUAUGAAAUCUGAAGACAAUUUGCAACUUCAAGCAGUAAAAUAUGCAGGCUUAACUGUGAAAAGCGGUACAAUAGUAUUUAGCAUGAUGUGAUUUCGAGGAUAACAGUCGCUAGUAGGAGACAUUACUCGCGGCUGGUAGGUUACAUAGAGGAAUACAGAAGACAUUACUUGUAGGAAUACUUGUUUUUUUUUUUUUUUUGAAAGGGAAUACUUAAUCGUGGAAUAUUAAAAAACAAACAGUUUUACAAGUGAUUAGGAGUUCAAGAUCAUUAACAUUCGCAUCGAGGGUCACACCACCAUGGACAAAGAUCGUCGACAGACACUCCACCUGCACUGCCCCGAGGAAUUCUUGAGUCUCCUGCAGCAGCGUCGCCGUGCGGUUUGUCCAGCAGCUUCCUCGAUGCAGUAGCAGUAGCUGAAGUAGCAGCGCUGGUGGAUGGAGAGAGUGCUGCCACAAAAACUUGCCAAAAUGAAAUCAUAAUUUAGGUGUUGAGACGUGAAAUCUGGAGAACAAACAAGAACAUUAUGUCACUGGGAUACUAACCAGUCAUAACCAGUAGAAGAACAAGAAAAAAAGCUAGCUUGGCCAUUUGAUUUGUGCUGUUUCUUGAACCUGAGAACACUUCAGCUGUAUCAGUUCCAGUCAAACUUUGCUAUUUGUUUCUAGAGAGCAAGUGAAGUAGCUAGCUGCUUAGUCCAUUUUGCUCUAUUUAUAAGGGCGCAAACCCAAUUUGUUACUCUCUCCAUCCUGGAAAAAAUCCCACUUUGUUGAAUUAAAACACUUCGAAAUACUUUUUUGGAGACUUCAUAUCGGAUUUGUUUUGCAAAGAAAAAACACAAAUUAGUUAUUAAAUAUGUAUAAUAAAAUGUUUAGCUGAACAGCCAA